AUGUUAAAGGCGAAGGCUUUAUGGUAUCGCUUAGUAAAAUCCAGAAAAGCCACCACUUGUGCGCUUCCGUCGGAACCAUCACUCUCCACCUCCGCCGCUUCCAGUGACCACCGGUCCCGAUGUUUGUCGAUGAUAGAUAAGCUCGGCGGACGAGGUCUCGCCGAUUCCGCUCGGGAAGUUACUCGCCGUGUAAUCGACGGAUGUUCUUCCAUUUCAGAGGCGACUUUAGUUGCCGAUUUUGCAGUCAACAGUGGAAUAGAGCUCGAUUCUCGUUGCUGCGGCGCAUUGAUAAGGAAGCUCACGGAGAUGGGUCAUCCCGGAUUGGCCGAGACUUUCUACAAUCAACGUGUAAUCGGAAAUGGUAUUGUUCCUGAUCCGUCUGUUUUAGAUUCAAUGGUUCUCUGUUUGGUUAAGUUGAGGAGAUUCGAUGAAGCUAGAGCACAUUUAGAUAGAGUUUUAGCUUCUUGUUAUAUUCCUAGUAAAAAGGAUUGUAGCUUAGUAGUUGAUGAGCUUUGCAAUCAGGAUCAGUUUCUCGAGGCGUUUCUGUACUUUGAACAAGUGAAAGCGAGAGGCAGUGGUUUAUGGCUUCGUUGCUGUAAGAGACUGUUUAAAGGAUUGUGCAGUCACGGCCAUUUGGAUGAAGCAAUUGGGAUGUUGGAUACGUUGUGUGAGAUGACGAGAAUGCCUCUGCCGAUUAAUCUGUACAAGUCUCUCUUUUACGGUUUUUGUAGAAGAGGAUGUGCUGCUGAAGCAGAGGCUCUGUUUGAUCAUAUGGAAGCUGAUGGUUACUUUGUGGAUAAAGUCAUGUAUACUUGUUUGAUGAAAGAGUAUUGCAGAGACAACAACAUGACAAUGGCAAUGCAGCUCUACUUGCGGAUGGUUGAGAAAAGUUUUGAGCUUGACACUUAUAUUUUCAACACUUUGAUUCAUGGGUUCAUGAAGUUGGGUAUGCUUGAUAAAGGGAGGGUUUUGUUCAGUCAAAUGGUGAAAAAAGGAGUUCCUUUGAAUGUUUUCACGUACCAUGUAAUGAUUGGUAGCUACUGCAAGGAAGGGAAUGUAGAUUAUGCUUUGAGGCUUUUCGAGGACAACACUGGGGUGGUUGAAGAUAUAUCUCGGAAUGUGCAUUGCUAUACGAAUCUUAUAUCCUGGCUUUACAAGAAGGGUGGGUUGGAUAAAGCUGUUGACUUGUUGAUGAAGAUGUUAGACGACGGUGUUGUCCCUGACCACAUUACUUACUUUGUGCUCUUGAAGAUGCUUCCCAAGUGCCACGAGAUCAAGUACGCUAUGGUUAUCUUGCAAGCGAUUCUUGAUAAUGGAUGUGGGAUUGAUCCACCGGUUGUUGAUGACGUUAGAGAUAUUGAGGCAAAGGUUGAGUCUUUGCUUGAAGAGAUUGCUGAGAAAGAUAUGAAGGUAGCUUCUGAGGGACUUGCCGUUGUCACAACUGCUUUGUGUUCUCAGAGAAACUUCACUGCUGCUCUGUCUCGUAUCGAGAAGAUGGUGAAUCUAGGAUGCAAACCUUUACCCUUUUCGUACAACUCAGUGAUCAAGUGUCUGUUUCAGGAAGGUGUGAUCGAUGAUUUGGGGACUUUAGUCAGUCUUAUUCAAGAAUGGGGAUUUGUUCCGGAUCCUGAUACGUAUUUGAUAGUUGUGAAUGAGUUGUGCAAGAAGAAUGACAGAGACGACGCUGCGUUUGCUGUUAUUGAUGUGAUGGAAGAGCUUGGUUUGAGACCUACAGUCGCCAUUUACAGUGCUGUCAUUAGUUCUCUUGGCAAACAGAGAAGAGUUGCUGAAGCGGAAGAGAUGUUUGCCAAGAUGCUUGACUCUGGGGUCCAACCUGAUGAGAUGGCUUACAUGAUAAUGAUCAAUGCUUAUGCAAGAAACGGAAGAAUCCACGAAGCAAACGAGCUGGUUGAACAAGUCGUCAAGCUUUUCGUUCGGCCAAGCUCUUUUACUUACACGGUGUUGAUCAGCGGGUUUGUGAAGACUGGUAUGAUGGAGAAAGGAUGUCAGUAUCUUGAUAAGAUGCUUGAAGACGGUUUAUCUCCAAACGCUGUUCUCUAUACUUCGCUCAUUGGUCAUUUCUUGAAGAAGGGAGACUUUAAGUUUUCUUUUACGUUGUUUGGUUUGAUGGGAGAGAAUGAGAUUAAACAUGAUCAUGUUGCUUACAUCACUCUGCUUAGCGGUUUAUGGAGAGCUAUGGCACGAAAGAGGAAGAAGAGACAGGCUUUUGUCGAGCCGGGGAAAGAAAAUCUUCUUCGACGUCUUCUUCAAACAAAGCCUCUUGUAUCAGUCCCGUCUCCUGUGUGCAACUACGGAUCAAGAAGGUUUGCAUUGGAAGUGAUUGGGAAAGUGAAGGAGACUAUAGUCCCUAAUUUAUACCUCCACAACUCGAUUAUUGCUGGAUAUUGCGCUGCAGGAAGGCUAGACGAAGCUUAUAAGCAUCUUGAAUCAAUGCAGAAGAAAGGCAUUGUUCCAAAUGAGGUAACUUUCACCACUCUGAUGAAAUAUCAUAUCCAAGCAGGAGAGGUUGAGUCUGCUAUAGAGUUGUUUGAGGAAUCGAAUUGCGAGCCAGAUCAAGUGAUGUACAGUACUCUGAUGAAGGGUCUGUGUGAAAGUGAAAGACCUGUUGAUGCUUUGGCUCUGAUGUUGGAAAUGCAAAAGGAUGGGAUUUAUCCGAAUAGAGACGCUUAUGAAACGCUGCUUCAGUGUCUCUGUUACUCGAGAUUGACCAUGGAAGCGGUUAAAGUGGUUAAACACAUGGCUGCUGUUAAUUUUUGGCCUCGUUCGAUGAGCCACACCUGGUUGAUUUAUAUUCUGUGUGAAGAGAACAAGUUAAGAGAGGCUCGUGCUUUGUUUGCUAUUAUGGUACAAUCUGGAAGAUCUUUAUUGAAUUGUACUCAACCGGGUUUGUUGAAAAUGCUUAACCAAAAUCAGCAACUUUAG